AUAAAAAUUGUUGUAAACAUUUUUCAAAAUUGAAAGAUGACAUUACUUUACUAUGGUUAGUGCAAGUAGACCUAAUCAUUUGUGACGUCGUGAUCAUAAAUCUUCCUAAAAUUUCUUAAAAAAAGGCAAAUUUGAUAAAAUGAAAGUCGGAUUUGGAAUCCCCUUGUGCUUUUCCUCCACCUUGAAGCCUCAAUUUCUGUGUCAUUCCUACUUAACCCCCCCUACUCCACUUCCAGGGCAACCACUACCACCACCCAUCUUCCACAGUCGGCCUUGUCUCCCGAUCCCCAGGCAUACACCAAUUACUUCCUUCUUUGCAUCAUCAAUGGCUUCAUCUUUCAAGCCUGAGCAAGCUAGAGUCCCCCCGGCCUGCCAAUUGUCCAUCCCUCCUGUCUCCAAGUUUAAGAUUGGAUUGUGCCAAUUGUUAGUCACUGCCGACAAGGAGAGGAACAUUGCUCACGCUCGUCAAGCCAUUGAGGACGCUGCAAAAAGGGGUGCCCAACUUGUGGUCUUGCCUGAAAUAUGGAAUAGUCCAAUUUCAAAUGAUAGCUUCCCUGUUAAUGCUGAGGACAUUGAUGCGGGCGGUGAUGCAUCUCCUUCAACAACUAUGUUGUCUGAAGUUGCUUCUCUAUUGAAGAUCACAAUAGUUGGUGGCUCUAUACCAGAACGAUGUGGUGAUAAGUUGUACAACACAUGCUGUGUUUUUGAUACUGAUGGGAAGCUUAAAGCUAAACACAGGAAGAUACACCUUUUUGAUAUUGAUAUUCCUGGCAAGAUUUCCUUUCAGGAAUCUAAGACUUUUACUGCCGGGGAAAAUCCCACAGUUGUGGACACAGAAGUUGGGCGUAUUGGUAUUGGUAUUUGUUAUGACAUUCGGUUUCAGGAACUGGCGAUGUUAUACGCAGCGAGAGGUGCUCAUUUGAUCUGCUAUCCUGGUGCAUUUAACAUGACAACAGGACCAUUGCAUUGGGACUUAUUGCAGAGGGCAAGGGCUGUUGAUAAUCAGAAAAAUUUCUUUUGUGACAGUUAUAUGUUGCAACUUGUUCACCUGCUCGUGAUGCUGGUGCUGUUUAUGUUGCUUGGGGCCACUCCACACUUGUUGGACCCUUUGGAGAAAUUUUGGUUACUACGGAACAUGAAGAGGCCAUAAUCAUAUCAGAGGUUGAUUAUUCACAAAUUGAGCUCAGGAGGACAAGCCUUCCAUUGGAGAAGCAACACCGAGGUGAUCUUUAUCAGUUGGUGGAUGUUCAGAGGCUCAACUCCUGAACAAUAAUACUAGUUGAUUUUAUUUGAUGCAUGGAAGAGAUUUCAUCAGUGAGAUGGUAUGUACAAUAAUGUCUAGUAUUUGAUAUUUUGUUGUAAUUGAGAUUUGUAAGGUUCUGCCUUACCAUGUGAAGAACUGAAUUCUGAAAAUGUAUGCAGAAACUAUAAUUUCUAGCAGAAAAGAUUGUUAGUUCCUUGGUUUUCAUAGGUUGCAUACUUUUA